GAAGGGGUAUCGCUGCAACGAACACUGCAGCUGCAGUUUCCCUUCACGGAAACGAUGCCUCAGCCACGAGCAUCACAGCAAACGGGUUUUCGCAUCAUCGCCGAACGCAUGAGGACGUCGUUGUCUAGACCACGAGGCAUAGCUGCGCGCCAUGGAGUCUUCGGGUCGGGUGACGACCAUCGCUGGAACAAAAGCCGCUCGGCUGGACCGCUUUUCGAGGACCUCCUCGAAGUCCUCUCGAUUGCAGGCAACGACAGCUUGAAUCCUUGCGUCGACUUCCAGCAGUACGCUUGCUACAAUUACCGCAAAUCCUUCCCAAAGAGACUGUUCUUCAGCAACGCACCAGAGGAGCGGGACAUUUUGUUGCGCAAAUUCAACAACGACGCUGGUCGAGCCGUCUUCACUUUCUUCCGGAGCUGCCUCCUGGCUCAAUGGAACUCCGGCAACGCCACUCACAGUGCUAUGCAGGCGCUACUGAAGGCGGUGUACGUCGGAGCAGACAUGACAGCGUUGAGUGUGUUCAUCCUAUUAGCUAAGCUGAGCCUCGUCUAUGACGUUACCACUGAUCCUCAGAUACACAGCAAUUUGCAUGGACGGUUCUUGGGAGUGACGUGGGGAGAUACAGCCGAGCAUGUUGCAGGAGACAAUGACUUGCAUCUCUACCUUGUCGCCCAACCGCCGAACCUUUGCUACUCGACGCAUUUUCGUCGCCAUACAAGGCCCGCCUCUGAAGCCGCUCUCGAAGAGUUGACGGCUGCGGUGAAUCUCAACGUCACUCUGCGUGAACUGAUUGAAUUAUCAAGCCGCCUGUGUAGUGUCAGCGGAGGGCACCAUCUCGUCAGUUCCAACGCCACCUUCUUAGGUAGCCUUAUUCCCGGAGUGUCAUCGAAGAGGUGGAAAGAAAUCGUCGAAGGGUUAACCAACACACAAAUCGCUGGACCCAUCGUACAUUCGCCGCUGGAAGUUCUCAAGCAUCGCUUCUCGCUUCUGACCGACCUAAGUCUGCAACCGGUGACGACAGCGUUGGUCUUAAUUCACGCCGCAGUAGCACUGACUAUGGAGCAUGUGGCCAUGAACGAAGAGCCUCACUAUUAUGACGAACUCUGCUCAGUUUCAACGAGUGAUUUAACGUCGCUUUGGAUGGUGAGCCAUAUCUUGUCCUUUUCUGCAAGGACCGAGCACAAUCAAGUCAUAUUAAGCAUUUUUAGUUCACUCGUGGACACUAUCGUCACGGAAGCGGAAGAUAUGCUUGUCUCCAACAAUAGCAUACCCGUGAGGCAGCUGCUGCGAAAACUUACGCUCGUGCUUCCCUACCACGUUUACCCGGUGGACAUGACGAUACCAAACCUUGAAAGCAACUUCUUCCUGAAUAUUCUCCUCGUUCGCCUACACAGGCUCGCUUACUGGAAUUACGUGGCCCCAGCCGGCAUCCCGGAAAGGGUGGUGAAAGCGCUGAGCAUAUGGCAGCUCCACUCAACCAAAGACUACGUGGUCAUUCCGCUGGCGCAGUACACGAAAGUUGCUCUGCAGUCGACCAUGACUCUGCUGCCCAUGGCAUUGUUGGGCUUCGUGAUGGCAGACAGCAUUUGGUCGGCGCUGUUUCAGGCGGCCUCGGUUUUUCACGGGGGCUCGGACGUCUUCAAAUGCGACGCUCGCGACGGCGCCCAUUACGCAGGCGCCGACAACUACUUGCGUAUUGUAGAGCGGCCACUGCGAGCUCUGCGGUCGUCCGUGCGCACUCUGAACACCAACGGCUGGCACAAGAAGCAUAUUUACACGGGCCAGUGGCGCAUGUCUCUGAGCCAAAUUUUUUAUCGGUUGGUGAUGUUCUGCCACUACUGCGAUGCUCCUCACCGUACUGUCGCGUCACUGCGCGGUGAAGUGGCCACGUUCAUUACUCGAAGCGCGGAUUUUCUCGAAGCGUUCGACUGCCCCGCGCGUGAGGCUCAAGCCGAACCGCCAACCAAAAAGUGUUAACUGGUGCUCUUACUUUAACGAACAUUCGCCGCUCCAGGCUCUUAAUGACAUAGAGUUGUGUUUUUUGACAAGGGCUCGCAAGCUUACUUGUGGUGUAAUAAUAUUCAAAUAAUUGGCCUUGAUGUAUAGCGAUGACCGCUACUAUGCUAACAUUUCGUGCGUUUUAUAAAUAUGAGAA